AUGGCUACGGGUGAUUUGGACUUUGUUUUCAAGAAAAUCGAUGAGCUUGCUACCGCUACCGCUCCCAACUUCAACAUUAUCCAUGAUCGACUCGUACCCGCGAUCAAAAUCCCAUCCAUCUCUUCUGAGCGAACUGUCGAGGGACGCAAACAUGUAGUUGCUAUGACGGAUUUUCUGGCAGAUCAACUCACGAAGUUAAAUGCAUCUGUGGAUCGACAUUCGUUGGGGAAAGAACCAGAAACACAACUUCAGUUGCCGGAUGUUAUUAUUGCUAAAUAUCCAAAAGUGUAUGAUAGUAAGAAGAAGACUAUUUUGAUUUAUGGCCAUUAUGAUGUUCAGCCUCCGGGAGAAGGUUGGGAUACCGACCCCUGGACCAUCACAGAAAAAGGCGAAGAUCCCGACAAAAAACUCUACGGACGAGGAGCUACCGAUGACAAAGGACCCGUGCUCGGCUGGCUCAACGCACUCCAAGCCUACCAGGAAGCAAAAGUCGAUGUCCCCGUGAAUCUCAUAUUCUGUUUCGAAGGAAUGGAAGAAUCUGGAUCCACCGGAUUCGCAGAAUUUGCAAUCGCCAACCGCGCUCUCUUCGAACACGUCGAUGCUGCAUGCAUCUCUGACAAUUAUUGGCUUACGACCAAGAAACCAUGUCUAACAUAUGGACUUCGCGGUAUCAAUUACUUCAACCUCACAGUGGAACAUGCAGGUGUUCAACUCCAUAGUGGAAUGUUUGGAGGUUGUGUGUAUGAGCCCAUGACGGAUCUAGUGAUUCUUCUUUCGAAACUUGUGGAUUCUCAGGGUAAAAUCUUGAUCCCGGGGAUUAAUGAACUUGUAGAUGAUGCGUCCAAGGAAGAGGUGGAGGAAUAUGCUACGAUAGAGUUUUCGACGCGGGAUUUUCAACAGACUAUUGGCAGCGAUGCGAAUAUUUAUGAUGAUCCUAAGAAGACUCUCAUGCAUAGAUUCAGGUAUCCGUCUCUCACCAUUCACGGUAUCGCAGGCGCAGAUUCCAGCCCCGACCAAACCACCGCCAUCUACCCCAAAGUGACUGCCAAGUUUUCCAUCCGCACUGUGCCGUCCAUGGAUCAGGAAACCGUCUCCAAUCUCACCAUUAACUAUCUCUACCAAGAAUUUAAAAAACUCGGAAGCAAAAAUACAUGCACAGCGAAACAGUUUGGAGAAACAGCUCCGUAUUGGCUUGCUUCCCCUGAUGAUGCAAAUUACAAGGCUGGAAAGGCGGCUACGCAGAAAGUUUAUCAUACUGAACCUGAUUUGACGAGGGAGGGUGGAAGUAUCGGAGUAACACUUGAUCUGCAAAAGGCAUUGGGGAAAAAGAGUAUCAUGUUAUUGCCAGUAGGGAUGUCGGAUGAUGGGGCUCAUGGUCCCAAUGAAAAACUUAACAAGACGAAUUACAUCGAGGGGAGCAAAUUGCAGGGAGCUUAUUGGUGGUAUUUUGCCAAUCCUCAGUCCUAG